AUGACCUGUUUCGGCGGUCGCGACGAGCGUAUCUACAUGGCCGAGAUGCUGGUGCACAAGCUGACGCUGACCAAAGGGAAGACGAAGGACAUAGGCGAGUUCCCGAUCGCGAUAAAGAUCAAGUUCCUCGACUUCCCUGUGUUCGAGAUCACCCGGCAGGACUUCUACUCGUACGAGCCUCCGCCGGCCGAGGACGAAGGCUGCAGUCUGCGCUUUAUGAUCGGCAGAAGCUGCAUGUUCGUGAUGCAGCCGAUGGACCUGGUACGGGAUCUGCAAUCGAGGCCGCUGAAAGUCGGCGUUUUCCGGGUGGGCGACACUUAUCCGACCGCGGAGACGGAGGUCACGUUGCCCGGCUGCCUCUGCGACCAAGUCGCUAUGAGCCAGAACGAUCCGGAGAACCUGCCGAAACCGUUCGCUGUCACAGGGAAGUACAACCUGACGGAUCCAGGCGGCAACCCCUCCGGCACGCUGGAAAUGGAGCUGAAGCUGCUCUGCUUCGGCAGGUCCCUGAUGACCCACUACGAGCUCCAUCCACUGUUCUUCGUGUUCAGGAAUCAGGACAAGGAGCGGGAGUUCUGCGUGAGAAGGCUGGUGCCUGCUAGCUACCAUCCGGAGGGACUUGGCAAAGACGCCACGCAAUUUCCGGAUAGGACCACGCUGGACGAAUUGAAAGGGAUCGAUCCAGCUGCGCCACGGAAGAAGGAGAAGAAAGGGAAGAAGGAUAAGACAGGGAAGAAGCGUAAGAAGUGA